AUGGGGGCCUUAUAUGUUAAUAUGUUUAAUGGUUGGUGUUUCACUACCAACAGUAGCAACUGUAAGGGAGGGAGAAUUGUGUUAGCAUGGAAUCCAAAUGCUUUCACUCUUAGUGUUCUGAAGGUUACCAGCCAAUUGAUUCAUUGUUUGGUUUGUCCAAAAAGUGGGAGUGUGGAAUUUUGCUGUACUUUUGUCUAUGCAUUCAAUCAGAGCAAGGAGAGAGAGUAUCUAUGGAGGGAUCUGUGUGGUUUGGGUUUUGGUAUGCACAAGCCUUGGAUAGUUCUGGGUGAUUUUAAUUGUGUUCUAAAUAUAGAUGAAAGGGUGGGAGCUCCUGUGAGGCAUCAAUCAAUGGUUGCCUUUAGGAAUUGUGUAGAUAUAUGUGGUAUAGAAGAUGUUAAAGCUGUUGGACACUUCUACACUUGGAGUAAUAAACAAGCAGGGGAGGGUAGGGUGUUUUCUAAAAUUAAUAGGGUUCUGGCUAAUGACUUGUGGUUUCAGAAUUAUCCUAAUGCUGAAGCUGGUUUUUUGUCUGAAGGAGAAUAUGAUCAUUGUCCUAUUGUGCUUGCUGUGUACCCCUGUGAUAACAUUGCAAAGAAGCCUUUUAGGUAUUUUGCCAUGUGGAAGUAUGCUCAAGGCUAUACUGAUCUGGUCAAGGUGAAUUGGUCAAAAAGUGUGGUUGGUACUCUGAUGUAUCAGGUGGUUCAGAAGCUAAAAAGAAUGAAAGGGGUUUUAAAAGAGCUGAAUAGAACAGGUUUCAAUGAUAUCCAUGCUGCUGACAUAAAAGCUGAGCAUGAUUUGGAAUUAUGUCAGAAGGAUCUUCACCUAGCACCUGGUGAGAGUGAGCUUGCUGAUAGAGAAGUUGAAGCUGCUAAGAGGUAUAAAUUGAUGCAUGCUGCUUAUAUUUCUUUUCUGAAACAGAAAGCAAAAGAAGCCUGGGCAAAGGAUGGAGAUGAGAACAGCUCUCUCUUCCAUAAAAGCAUUAGAGCUCGGAUCAUUCAUAACACAGUGCAUGCUAUCCAUGAUAUGCAUGGUAAGUGGGUGUGUGAUCCAACAUCUAUGUCUAAUGCAUUUCUGGAGUAUUACCAGAAACUCUUGCGCACCAAAGCUUCUAGUAGAAGUAAUGUUAUGAUUGAUAUUGUGCAUGCUGGUCCAACUCUUGAGCAGCUGCAGAAAGACCAAUUAUUAGCCCCUGUUGUUGUGGGAUCUUUUACGAUAUUCAAGCCCACAUCACCUGUCACUAGUGAGGAAGUCAAGUAUUCUAUGUUCUCUAUUAAUGGUGACAAAGCCCCUGGCCCAGAUGGGUUUGGGAGCCAUUUUUUCAGAGAAAACUGGAACAUAGUUGGGGAGGAUGUAACAAAGGUUGUUCUGGACUUUUUUCACACUGGAAAACUUCUAAAAGAGAUUAAUUCCACUACUAUCACUCUGAUUCCCAAGACAAACCGUCCAAAAAGUGUUACUGAAUUCAGGCCCAUAUCAUGUUGCAAUGUAAUUUAUAAGUGCAUCACAAAGAUCCUCUGUGAGAGAAUGAAAUGUGUUUUACCUAUGCUGAUAGCUGAGAAUAAAGGGGCUUUUGUGCAUGGUAGAUUUAUCAUGCAUAACAUAAUGAUGUGUCAAGAAAUUGUCAGACAAUAUGGAAGGAAGAAUGCAUCACCUGGUUGUUUGAUCAAAUUAGACAUGCAGAAAGCUUAUGACACAAUUGAGUGGGAUUUCUUGGAAGAAAUGCUUCUUGCUUUGGGCAGAGGGUUAAGACAAGGGGAUCCCUUGUCUCCUUUAUUGUUUGUAGUGUGUAUGGAAUAUCUGUCUAGAACUCUAUACAAGAUGAUCUCAUCCUAUGCUGCAAAGGUGAGUUUAACUCUAUUCAUCUGCUCCUCCAAGGUUUCAAGCUUUUUUUGUGACACUUCUUGUCUGAAGGCCAACAUUCAAAAGUCAGCUGUGUAUUGUGCUGGAUUAGUUGAUAAAAUGAUGGCAAGAAUCAAGACUUGGAGUUCUGGGAACUUGUCUUUUGCAGGAAGGAUAACUCUUAUCAAUUCAGUCCUCUUAAGCAUCCACUCUUACUGGGCUCAAGUGUUUAUCCUCCCUAAACAUGUGCUUAAAAAUGUUGAAGCUAUCUGUAGAGCCUUUUUAUGGCAAGGCACUUAUUUCUGUUCUAAACCAGGUUAUGUUGCCUGGGAUAGAGUAUGCAGACCUAAAAAGGAAGGGGGACUAGGAAUAAGGCAAGUUCAGGCAUGGAAUAUUGCAGCUUUAGGGAAAUAUGUUUGGGCAAUAGCCAGAAAACAGGACACAAUGUGGGUUAGAUGGGUCAAUGCAAUCUACAUUAAGACUGCAGGUUGGUGGAACUAUCAGCCAAAAGCUGAUAGUGGUUGGUACUGGAGAAAGAUUUGUAGUGUGAAGGAGAAACUAAAGGGUUUGUUUAAUGAGGCUGAGUUGGCUCAAAUGCCUAAAUACUCUAUCCAGAAGGUAUACCAGAAGUUGGUUCAACAUAAUGAGAAGGUCCCUUGGGGAUCUGCAGUGUGGAAUAGAGCCUCUAUUCCCAAGACUAGAUUGAUCUGCUGGCUGAUGGUGCAAGGGAGAUUGCAAACAAGAGAAAGGCUACAUAAGAUAGGGGUCUGUAACACUACUAAAUGCCUGCUGUGUGAGGCAAAAGAUGAAACUCACCCACACCUUUUCUUUGACUGUGAAUACAGCAGAAGAUGUUUACAGGGGAUUGAGGAAUGGCUAGACAUUCCUACUAGCAAAGUACAUUAUAUGGCCUGCUGA